UUGGUGUGAUUUACAACAGCAUGCUGCGAAUGAAUCACUGUUACCUUCUCCCUCUCUCUCAUAUACACACAAUCAGGCUAUAGUCAGAUAAACCCUAAUAAAUUACAACCUACCUGCUACUCCAAAUUAUCAAUAUUGAAACCUAUAAUUUGAGUACCUGAAGCUUCAAUCUCGAAUUUAUCAGCUCUACAAUCACACCAGUCAAUGCGAUGGUCGUCUGCAAAUGCCGCAAGGCAACUAAGUUAUACUGUUUCGUCCACAAGGUCCCCGUUUGUGGGGAAUGCAUAUGUUUUCCAGAACAUGAAAUAUGUGUGAUCCGUACUUACUCAGAAUGGGUAAUAGAUGGAGAGUAUGAUUGGCCUCCUAAAUGCUGCCUGUGUAAUGCUGUGCUUGAAGAGGGAACGAAUUCUCAAACUACUCGAUUGGGUUGCUUGCAUGUUAUACAUACCAAUUGCUUGGUUUCACAUAUUAAAGAUUUUCCUCCACACACUGCUCCUGCUGGAUAUGUGUGCCCUGGGUGUUCAACUUCGAUAUGGCCUCCGAAAAGUGUUAAAGAUUCAGGAUCCCGUCUUCAUUUAAAACUGAAGGAAGCAAUUAUGCAGUGUGGUCUAGAGAAGAACUUGUUUGGAAACCAUCCAGUCUCGCGGCCAGCAACAGAGUCCAGAGGCCCCCCUCCUGCUUUUGCUACAGACCCUCUGAUGCAAGUAUCUGCUGGAGGCAGAGAGCCCAACGAGAGCUUGCCACCAUCAGCAGUAGGAGAUGCUAGAGGAUACUCAGUUGCAAGUGGAAUUGGUUACACAAAACCUUCAAGCAUAGAUAUUGUGGAGAUAGAUGCUCCUGGUUCUGCUAAUUCAUCUCUGUCUAAUCAUGAUUCCAGUUUCAUUAAAAGCUCGAGCCCUGCUGGUCCUGGUGCUACUACACGAAAGAGUGCAAUCCAAGUUGAAAGGCAGAACUCGGAAAUUUCAUAUUAUGCUGAUGAUGAAGAUGCGAAUCGGAAAAAAUACCCACGAAGAGGUACAUUCCGCCAUAAGUUUCUAAGGUCACUGCUACCUUUCUGGCCGACUGGAUUACCGACUCUGCCAGUGACUGCGCCGACACGGAAAGAUGCUUCAAAUGCUGAUGACGUCCUAGAAGGUCGUCAGCGGCACCAUAGAUCUUCAAGGAUGGAUCCGAGAAAAAUCCUUCUCGUCAUAGCAAUCAUGGCAUGCAUGGCGACGAUGGGUAUUCUUUAUUAUAGACUCGCACAACGUGGUCUUGGUGAGGAGCUGCCUGAUGAUGAGCAGCAGCAAUCUCUUGAAAUGGUAUGAUGGUAUAUUAGUUUCUCAUUUGCUAAUGGUUACUUGUGCUUCAGCUGCUUCUUGUUUCUUUUGAGCUUUCACACAUUCCUGGCCUACAUUGGAACAUACAAAUUCCAGAGUCCUGUUUCUAUAGAGAAUUUGCACUUCUUUAAUGACAGCAAAUGUUAUAUGUCAUUGCCCAAAUUAGCUCCUGGCCCAUUUUUUACCUUAUUGUUUAAAAUUGGCUGGGAAUAAUCAGAGAACUUAUUUGCUUGAUUGUGUGGGUUUCUGUAAAUAUAAUCUUGCAAUAACAAUUUGGACCAAGAUCAAC